AUGUUAGAACUGUUAAAGCUUACUCUAUUGCUAUCAAAAUCUAUGAAUAUAGAUGCAUUUAGACGUAUAGUUGGUGGACGUGAUGCUGAACUCGGGGAGUUCCCUUAUGUUGGCAGAUGGGCAAAGGUCCAUGUUGAAAAUAAUCAAAAAACAUUCGCUCAGCAUUGCACGUGCAGUUUCUUGUCUCCUACGUGGGCUAUAUCAGCAGCGCACUGCAUCGACGAAGAAGCACCCGGAGAUAGCGUAAUUAUGUACGGAUACAUUGUACGCGGUCAGAAACAAAAUUAUACGGAAGUCGUUCAGAUGUUUAAGCACCCAGCUUAUGUAUUGGCCGUAACGUACGACUUGGUAAGACACGACAUUGGCCUAUUAAAAACACGUCACGUUGAAUUGUCCGGUUAUGGAGUUCUCAGUGCUGUGGAUUACACGACAAUGAUCGGUCACGAAGUCUUCUUACCAGGGUAUGGAAACACGAACGGGACGGAUGUAGUAAAUGACGCUACAACUGUGAGUAAACCUCUCCAAGUGUUCAAAGGUAUGAUAAGUCAAUGUAAAGAGGACGAUGGACAUCUAUUCUCGAUGAUAUGUGUGGUGGCGUCAUGUAACCAUUUAUCGUCGGUUUGUGGGGGUGAUUCUGGUGGACCGGUGAUACACGCUUCAGGAAUUGUUGGUGUAAAUUCAUUAAGUAUUGUCGAUUGUAACAGUUAUAAAGAAUUUAAAAAUAUACACAUACAUGACCUAGCUAAAGGGUCUUCUAGUAUAGUCCAAGCGGCCAGUUCCGUAGUUGAUUGGGUGUCGAAGGUAGUUAGAAGUAAUCCCUAA